AUGGAAAUGGAGCAACAUAAUGGAGACACUGCACACCCAAAAGAGGUGUCGGACCAAACUAAUCCUUCGAACGAGGUAACCGAACUGGCCAACGGAAACCAUGAAGGGGAACAAGAGGCUAAGCAGAAUGGAGGAGAAGCUCCGGGACUUUUCCAGAUCACUGUGAAACUGCCGCAUGAGCCAUACAAAAUCCAGGUUAUGGUAUCGAACCAGGAACAGGUUCAAGAUGUCCGCCAAUCGAUCGUGGAGCUACCCGGGACUUUCCAAUACACCAGCUUCCACCUGGAGUAUCAGGGAACCAGGAUAAACGACUAUGUUGAGCUGUCUGAGGUCAAAGACCUUAAGCCUGAUGCCGAGGUAAUCUUGGUGGAGGAUCCAUAUACCGAGAAGGAGGCUCGAAUGCAUGUCGUGCGGAUCAGGGAAUUGAUUGGCGCUGCUGGAGAUCGGGUUGACAGCCUGCAAGGAAUCUGCGCGGGCCUAUCUCUUCACGAUUCGGUUGCCGCUGGUGACGAAUUGGCAGACGAUAUCUCCUCAAAGGCGGACUCCGCUAAUGGUGCUGCGGAUCAUGCACUCGUUGGCUACGAGGUCACUGGCCCAGCUAACCUUCGGACUGUGCUUCCACGCAAGCAAGCGCCAUCUCCCAAGACUGUCAAGUCUAUCUCUCUCUCGCCCUGGAACCCUCCGCCAUACCACCUCCGGCAGCGGGGCCAUCUGCUCUACCUUCAAAUCACCACCAACGAGGGCGAGCAAUAUCAAAUCACAUCCCAUGUCUCCGGGUUCUUUGUCAACAAGUGUUCUAAUAGCAAGUUUGACCCGUUCCCGCGGACUGCCCCUAAGAAUUAUACCGCCCAUUCACUGCUCACGUUAAUUUCGCUUAUUUCGCCAUCCUUCGACAAUGCUUUCCAGGCUUUGCAAGAGUUCAAUAACAAAAAGGAUCUCUUGACUACAUUCCCCUUCCAGAAUUCGAUACCACACAACCCCUGGCUUGUUCCUCCCACAACCAGUUUAGCGACUGCUCACCAAUCCGACAUCACUAGACCCCAGGAAAACUUCUUGAUUGGUGGUAUCGACAACUCCGAGACUCUGCGAGACUGGAAUGAAGAAUUCCAGACCACUCGAGAACUUCCCCGUGACACCGUGCAGGACAAGGUUUUCAGGGAGAGACUGACUUCGAAACUAUUCGCCGACUACAACGAUGCUGCAGCUCGAGGAGCGGUUCUGGUUGCACGUGGCGAAGUGGCUCCUUUGAACCCCACGGAGGGUAGAGACGCCCAGAUUUUUGUCUAUAAUAAUAUAUUUUUCUCUUUUGGAGCCGAUGGCGUUGGUACCUUCGCAUCCGAGGGCGGUGAUGAGGCUGCCCGUGUUGCCGUGGCCAAGGAUGUAAUGGGUGUUAAGGCAGUCAAUCAGCUGGACAUUACGGGACUGUUUACUCCGGGCACUAUUGUAGUUGACUACCUUGGAAAACGUGUAGUCGGCCAGAGUAUCGUUCCCGGUAUCUUCAAGCAGCGAGAACCCGGAGAGCACCAGAUCGACUACGGUGGUGUUGACGGCAAGGACGUUAUCGCGAAACACGAGGGUUUCACUCCGGUCUUUGAAAAGCUUUCGAAGGCAUUGAAGGUCAAGAGUCAUCCCGUCUGGGACAAAGAGGGCAAACGACAUGAAUUGGAGGGCAGCGUCGAAACAAAGGGCCUCCUUGGCACUGACGGCCGUAAGUACGUGUUGGAUCUCUAUCGCAUCACUCCUUUGGACAUCUUUUGGGCCGAAGAUGCCGAUAAUCACGAGCCGUACCCGCACCGCAUGUCAGUUCUUCGUUUAGAAUUGGUAGAGGCUUAUUGGAGAGCUAAGAUGGCUCAGUACGUCAAAGAGGAAGUUGAGAAGCGCAGAAAGGCGAAGAAGGAAAUGGAAGAGAAGGCUGAAGAGAAUAAGACUAGCGGAGAGACUGGCGAUUCACCUGAGAAUGGUGAACCAGCAAAGGAGGGCGCUGGAGCAGACCAGGAGCGGGUCGAUAUUUCCAACUUCAAGCUGGCCCUGAAUCCUGAUGCCUUCAGUGGCCAAGUACCCCAGACAGAAGAGGAGAAGGAGGAGUGGGCGCGAGAUGAGAAGGAGGUUCGCGAUGCUUGUGACUAUUUGAGGUCGAAGGUAUUGCCCGAACUGGUCCAAGACCUUCAUGAUGGCGACGUUGGGUUCCCAAUGGAUGGUCAAUCUUUGAGCCAGCUUCUUCACAAACGCGGCAUCAACAUUCGAUAUCUCGGAAAACUGGCGGAAUUGGCGAAGGAGAAGGGAAGCAGACUCCAUGCUUUGACUGCCCUGAUGAUCCAAGACAUGGUUGCGCGUGCAUUCAAGCAUAUUGCUAACCGCUAUCUUCGACGCCUACCUUCGGUAUUUGCAGCUUCUUGCAUUGCGCAUUUGCUCAAUUGCUUGCUCGGAACCGAAGUGAAUUCCAAGCCUCGCCCAGAAAUGGAUGAAUCUCUCCGUGCGAUUUAUCCUGAUGGCGACUUUUCGUUUGAGCAAGUUACACCCACUUCGCUCAAGAGCGAAAUCGAGAAGCAAAUCCAAAUCCGAUACCGCUUUACUCUCGAUGCCGACUGGACUUCUUCGUUAAGGCAUCUCCAACUCCUCCGCGAUAUCUCCCUCAGACUUGGACUUCAGCUUGGCGCUAAAGACUAUGCUUUUGACCGGUCUCAGAUUAAGAGCCAAGAGCAUUCCCCCGUUUCCAACGGCACUCGGGCAUCUGAAGAAGGUGGCAAGAAGAAAAAGAAGAAGGGCGGUGAUCAAGCCUCUCCAAGGCUGGCUCAGAGUCCGGCCCCAGCUGUUACUUUUGUUCCCGAGGAUAUCUUGAAUAUCGUUCCGAUUGUCAAGGAUGCGGCGCCUAGAAGCGCACUUGCCGAAGAGGCUCUCGAAGCGGGUCGCAUUUCCUUGAUGCAAAACCAGAAGGAGCUUGGGCAGGAGUUAAUCUUAGAGUCCCUCUCGCUACAUGAGCAGAUUUAUGGCAUUCUUCACCCUGAAGUUGCGAAACUUUAUCAUCAGCUUUCGAUGUUGUACUACCAAACGGAUGACAAGGAUGCCGCGGUGGAGCUUGCGCGAAAGGCUGUCAUCGUUACGGAACGGACUAUGGGAGUUGAUUCUGCGGAUGCUAUUUUGAGCUAUCUCAACCUCAGUUUGUUCGAGCACGGAACCGGAAAUACCAAGAUUGCCUUGGUGUACAUCCGCCAUGCAUUGGAGUUGUGGAAGAUCAUCUAUGGCCCCAACCACCCAGACUCUAUCACAACAAUGAAUAACGCUGCCGUCAUGCUUCAGCACCUCAAGAUGUAUCCUGACUCCCGAAAAUGGUUCGAGGCAUCUCUUGCCGUUUGCGAAGAGCUGUUUGGCAGACAGUCCGUGAAUACUGCCACCAUCCUAUUCCAACUCGCCCAAGCCCUGGCUUUGGACCAAGAUUCGAAAGCGGCCGUGAAUCGUAUGCGUGAUGCCUACAACAUCUUCCUGAACGAGCUCGGUCCGGAGGAUCGCAACACCAAGGAGGCUGAAAGCUGGCUCGAACAGCUGACACAGAACGCCGUAUACAUCGCCAAGCAUGCCAAAGAUAUUCAGGCUCGCCGUCGUCGCCUGGCCAACCUUCCGACUCGUCUUGGGACCAAACCUCAGCCUCAAGUUGGACAAACCACAGCUGAAAUGUCGAAUGCAACGGAGGCCCGGGGUAGCUCGUCUCUCGACCCCCGGAGCAUUGAUGAAUUGUUAAAGUUCAUUGAGGGCGGAGAAUCUAGCGCUCCACGCACCAAGCAGAAGAAGCGCGCCGCUGCUCGUAACCCUAAACUCCGGGGCACGAAACAAUCCGCAAUGAAGGCAUCUUCUUAA